GUUACAGAAGUGAACAAGAUAGAGCCCAUGCCCUCAGAGACUUCAUAAUCCCACAGAAGAAAUAAAAUGCCAACAUUAAUAACCUACAUGUUCCUUGCUUUAAGAGCUGGGAUGAACAAUCUAUGAGCCUGGACUCAAAUAUUGCUUGCCUCUGCUUUUAUAGAAUUUUCUUAGUACACAGCCGCAUGCAUUCACUUUAUGUACUAGUUCUGGCUGCCUUUUUGCUACAAUGGCAGAAUUUAAUCUGGCCCACAAAGCCUAAAAUAUUUACUGUCUUACCUUUCACAGAAACAUUUUGCCAACUCCCACUUAAGAAUGACUAUAGACUGGAAAGGUGCUCAACAUCAUGAGUCAUUAAGGAAGUGAAAAUAAACAUCAGCUCACACACUGAGAAUGUGGAACCUUUGUGUACUGCUGAUGAGAAUGUAAAAUGGGGUAGCUGCUAUGGAAAAUAGUGUGGCCUCCCAAAAAUUAGACUUAGAAUUGUGAUGUGAUCCAGCAAUUCCACUCCUGAGUACAUACCCAAAUGAAUUGAAAGCAAGCUCUUAAGGAGAUAUUUGUAUACCAGUGUUCUUAGCAGCAUUACUCACAAUAAAGCAAAAAUGGUUUAUAUAUACAGUGGAAUAUUAUCUAGACUUAAAAGGGAAGAAGGUUUUGAGACAUGUUACAUCAUGGAUGAUACUGACAAAUCCUAUAUGAUCCCACUUCUAUGAGGGACCUAGAGUAGUCAAAUCUAUAGAGACAGUGGGUAGAAUGUCUAUGCCAGAAGCUGGAGGGAGGAGUUAGUUUUUAAUGGGGAUGGAGUUUCAAUUGUGUGAAGAUGAAAACCUUUUGUGGAUGCAUGGUGGAUGAUGGUUGUACAACAAUGUGAAUGUCAUGAAUUGUACAAUUUUUGUGGUGCUAGGGUGGAACCCAGGGCCUUGCACAUGCUAGACAAUCACUCCACCACCAAGCUAUAUCCCCAGCCCUGAAUUGUACAUUUAAAAAUAGCUAGGAUGGUAACUUAUGUUACAUGUGUUUUACUGAACUUAAAAAAUUUUCUCAAAUAAUGAUUAAUAAAGGCCUGUGAGUGCACAGAGGAAAGAGGGAUCACAACAGGAAAGGUGUCAGAGAUAAAGUGACCUCCUGAGCCAGACCUGAAACAGUGGGAUCAAUUCUGCUAGCUUAAGAAAAAGAGGGAUGGCAUUUCAGCUUCCAGGCUAAGGGAAUCACCACAAGGCUGUGGCCAGACAUGGUAGGAGAUGAGGCUGCCUGUCAAGGAGCUUGGACUUGAGUAUCCCCUGAAGAGUGGUGUGGUAAAAUUUGUGUUUUGCUUGCUAGGCAAAAUGCAAGAAGAGGGACCAUAGACAGGGAACCAGUAGGGAUCAAUUUCCUUAAUCUAGAGAAGAGAUGAUAAAGUGUAUCUGUCCUGGGGAACUGCUAAUGGGGGUAAAGAAAAUAUAUAGUCAAGAGAUGGUUCUGGAUAAUUAAUUGGAAAUGCGGCUAAGGAAGAAAGAGGAGCUAAGGAUAAGUAAGAAAUUCACGCUUAGAGGAAUCUGUGGCUAGUGAUGCCUUUUGCUGGUGCUAAGACCCUAGAAAAGGGCAAGAUUUAGGCAGCAGCAAGAAAAAGGUUGAAUUCCAUUCUGGUCAUGAUGAGUUUGAGGAACCUUGGGUUUUCAGAAGGAAGUGUCUAGAUAUCAGGAGAUGGUUGAAAGGUCUUGGCCAAUUGCUGCUACUUGAAGCCAUAGGUGUGUAGGAUAAAAGAUAGGACCUUUAGAAUAAAAGAGUUAAUAAAAAAGAAUUAAGAGGUAAACCAAAAACUGGGGUGUGAAGGAAAGCUAUGGAGUACAGGGUCAAUAAGAAGAAGGUGAUCAGCAGUGUCAGGUGGCAGAGAGAAGUUGAGGAAGCUAAAGAUGAGGAAUAGAUGUCUAGAUAGUGAACAAAGGGUUGCUCCUGAAGGCUGACAGUUAGUUCAUACUGAGCACCAACUUUUAACUAGCCUUGUGCUGAGGACUGAGGGCAAAAUGUUGAAUAAUCUAGACAAGAGUUUUCAGGAAGUUCCUUAUCUAGCAAGGGAAGGAAUAACAAUGGAUUGCAACUGUGCUGAGGAGCCAUAGGCUGGAACAUGAGGUGGCACCACCCCAAUGGGCCAUUGAGUUGUACCUGAGACAUAUCAUGUCCUGCUCAUAAAACUUAUGUGCUUCUUUCUUCCUUUCCUCCAUUUUCUUCUUUGAUGGUGGUUUUCUCAAGGGCAGAUUUCUUUAGACCUUUUGGAGGCCCCUUCAGGUCCCAGUGCAGACAAUGCAAGGUAUGCCAUGAACAUUCCAGGUUUGUCGAGUGGUUUUAAUGGGAGAGGCCUGGAGGAAAGGACAAAGAUGAAUGCUGAACAAAAUGAUACAAGCAGGGUUGUAGGGAGGAAGGCCCCUCCUCAGUUAGCCAGCUCAUUCCCAAAUAUUGCUGAUGGACAGACAAGACCUCCUUGGUUUGGUGCCCCCCAACCCAACAUCUUUGCCCUGACAGCCUUCUUAUCUCUCAAGAUUAUCCUUUACCCUUGGCUCUUAUAGUUCUUGGAGUUAUAAGUUCAAAAUCAGUUUCACUGGGCUAAAGUCAAUGUGUCAUCAGGGAUAGUUACUUCUAGAGUCCCUGAGAGGUGAAUCAAUUUUUUUGAUUUUUUGAGCUUCUCAUGGCCACCUGUUUUCCUUGGCUUAUGGUUCCUUCCUCCAUCUUCAAAGCUCAUCACUCCAAUCUCUGCUUCCACAGCCACAUUUCCUUCUGAAGUAUAAUUCCCUCUGACUCCCUUAUGAGGACACAUGUGAUUAUACUCAGAGCCACCCAGAUGACAGGAUAAUCUUCUCAUUUCAAGAUCCUUAACUUAAUCACAUCUGCAAAGUCCUUUUUGUCAUAUAAGGGAACAGUAACAGCUUCUGGGAGUUAGGACAUGGAUAUCUUUCAGGGGCCAUUAUUUGACUAGCUCUUGAAAAGGGCUCCUUUGUCUGGUGGGGCAGUGGGAUAGGAACAUACUGACCCUCUUACCUUUUGCCUGGCAAAGUUAGUCAAGCAUCAGGUUCUAUCUGAAGUUCAGCACAAGUUCAGAACCAGCUCUGAUAGUGGAGCUAGAUAGAAUUGAGUCUGAAGCCCAGUCACUAUGUGGAGACAGAGGAGGUUCUGAACAGACUGCUGAGGCAUGGAAGAUACUGGGGCCUGAUUAUGAGGCUAGGCUCCAGCUAGAAGAGAGGUCAAAGAACAGACAAGUUCUAACAAGUUCAAUUGCCACAAAUCCAGGGUGGGGCAUCCAUCAAGCUAGCAUAGAGAGGCAAGCCCUUGGGUAAAGUGCUGAAGGGCUGCCUACCCAAUGCCCUGACCUAUCACACGGGAGCCCAGUUUGGCUUCCAACAGGCCAAGGACCUCAAGAAAAAUGUUUUAGAUCCCUUCAGCCUUUUCUAUCAAAGACCAUCCACUGGAAUAUCUUGGCACUAACUAAUAUUGCAAAACCUGUAGAGAGUUCACCAAUAGGAUAAUGCUGAGAAGUAUGAGUGGCUCCACCUGAGAAUCCAGUGGCCCAGGUAAGCAAGUGCUUGUGCCAGUACUGCCUCCAGGAUCAGGAUUGGAACCUCUGACAUUGGGUCUAAGCCUCAGGUUCCAGUAAAGGCAGAAUUCAGUACCCUGUUUGGGGCUGCAGUUAGCAUUUGGGGGUAGCUCAGAGGCUAAGCUAAGGCCUCCCAGCCCCAGGUCAUAUAUUCAUUGCCCAAGCAAAGGGGCUUCAAACAUGAAUCUCUGCAGAGGCUAGGCACUGUGAAAAGAGGCAGGGGCAAGACCUAAGGCCCAAAGGACACUGCAGGCUGUUCAGGUGAGGAAAGAAGGAUUAAGGAAGGGAAUCUCCCAGGAAUGACAUAUUCAUUGGCCACUGGAGAUCAUAUGUGCACUCUUAUGCAUUACUUUGGUCCCCCCCAAAAAAAAUCUGUUGAGGUUCUAACCCCUUGUACCAAUAAAUGUGACUGUAUUGGGAAAUAGGGUCUUUGAAGAUAUAAUCAAGAUUGGCCCUAAUCCAAUAUUAUGGUGUUCUCAUAAGAAGAGGAAAUGGAGACACAGAUGGAAGCAAAGAUUGGAGCAAUGUGGCCACAAGCCAAGGAAUACCUGGGGCUACCAGCAGCUGGAAGAGGAGCCCUAUUGACUCAACUGAGAGAGGACCUGCAGAGCCAGCACCAUGAGUAUCUCUGCUCUGGGAGGCAGCACCAAAGGGAAGUCUUUGCCACCAGGCGAGGAGGAGCGCAAUAAUGUCCUCAAGCAGAUGAAAGUACGCACCACACUGAAGGGGGACAAGAGCUGGAUCACCAAGCAGGAUGAAUCCGAGGGCCGUACCAUAGAGCUGCCUGCAGGCCGGAAUCGAGCCACAUCCUUUUCAUCAGCUGGGGAGGUCUCAAAGGCCAGGGCUCCAAGCACAAGAGCUCCCACUGGCUAUAUCAUCCGGGGUGUGUUCACCAAACCCAUCGACAGCUCAUCUCAUGCCCAGCAGCACUUCCCCAAAGCCAAUGGAGCUCCAAAAAGUGCUGCCGCUCUGGGGAAAGCAGCUACCACUGGCCCUCCCCGCCCCACCUCCUCUGGCUACAAGAUGACCACUGAGGAUUACAAGAAGCUGGCACCAUACAACAUCAGGCGCAGCUCCACAUCAGGGGAGGUGGAAGAGGAAGAAGUUCCUGUCUCUUCAGAUGAGCAGAAACGGAGAUCAGAGGCUGCAAGCAGUGUGGUGAGGAAGACAGCUCCCAGGGAGCAUUCCUACGUCCUGUCAGCAGUCAAGAAGAGCACUGGAAGUCCUACCCAGGAGACUCAGGCCCCUUUUAUUGCAAAAAGGGUUGAGGUGAUAGAUGAGGAUGGGCCUUCUGAGAGGAGCCAGGAGCCACCUGCUCUAUCAAGACCUACUCCUGGAUUGAUCAGUGCGGAUGGAGGCAGAACCCAAGUGUCUCGGGCGAUUUGGAUCAAGCGCAUGCCGAGUGUACCUAGCCCCUCCGGGAGCCAGGAGCCCAGCUCAAGAGGUGAGGAGAUUGUCCGUCUGCAGAUCAUGACACCCAGGGCAGGACUCCGCCUGGUGGCUCCAGACCUGGAAGGCAUCAGGUCUUUCCAAGACCACAAAGACAAGGAGUCCCCCUGCUUCAGAGAGCUCAAGAGAGACUUGGCUGGUGAGACCUUCAAAGAUCCCAGCACAGAUUCUGAAAGGGAGGGCUCUGCUGCUACCUUCACCCCUUUUCUGGACGAUCAAGAUGUGGAUGAUGCCAUCUCUCAUUCCUGCAAGCCUGGACCAGUAGCUAUCAGCUCCAGUACCACUUUGGCCUCUGCUGUCCUGGAUGAUAGGAAGAGUGACAGCACAGCAGACCUGGAAGAAACAAAGACAGACCCUAAGGGCAUCUCAGCGGCUUAUGAAGAGAAGAAUGUGGCCACCAAAGUCUGUGAGGUCUUGCAGGAGACGCCUGAAGUCCUGGGGGUUGGCCAAGGAGACCCAGCUGCACCCACUCCACAACCUGUAGAUCUCAGCAUCCUAGAGUGGCAGAAUACCCCUGCUGCACCUGAGCAGCUUGUUGAACUGGAGAGCUCUGCCAGCAGGGUGAGAAGUCCUUCAAACUGCAUGGUCACUGUUACUGUCACUGGUGCUUCUGAGCAACCUCAUGUUUAUAUUCCAGCUCCCCCAGUUGAAUUGGACUCCAGCUCAACCACCAGAGGGAUUCUUUUCGUGAAGGAGUACAUGAAUGCUAGUGAAGUGUCUUCUGGGAAGCCAGCAUCUUCAUCUUAUGGCAGUGUCAGCAACAUCGAGAAGUCAUUUGACAUGGAGAAGAAACUUCUAUAUGACAACACAUCACACUCUGAGAGAACAACUGGAGGUAUCUGUACUUACUGCAGCCGAGAGAUCCAAGACUGUCCAAAGAUCACCCUAGAACAUCUUGGCAUCUGCUGCCAUGAAUAUUGCUUUAAGUGUGGAAUUUGCAGUAAACCAAUGGGUGAUCUCCUGGAUCAGAUCUUCAUUCACCGAGACACUAUCCACUGUGGGAAAUGCUAUGAGAAGCUCUUCUAGCUUCCCCAAGAUGCUCAGAAGCUGAUGACUCCCGGACAAGUUUGGCUGUCCCCAGUUCUUGGAUCCUCUCCCUUCACUUCCUCCCUAUGAUUUCCUCAUACUUCUUCCCUUCUUAGGUUGAACUUGCUUACAUCCAGUAUUGUAUCUUACUGAUGCUAUGAUAAUUACUUGUGUGUGUAGCUUUUUAUAGUUUAGGAGGCACUUUACAUACAUAAUCUCAUUUCAGGCUCCAUCAAAGACUUGAAACGAAUUCCAUCUUAGCAUUCCUAAGACAGACUGGCUUUCUGAUGAGUAUAGGUAGCCUAGUGUGUUAGGCAUGGAAAGAAGCAUGGAGUUCAGUUUGUGCUGACUCCCUUGAGGCUUCUGAGGGGCCAAGUUAAAGACUGUUGACGAUCCCUUGUGGGUAAAUUGCAGGCAUUGAAUGCUAGGGGUUGGCAUAGGCUAAUGUUUACCUUGUCUAUUUGCCAUAUAUAUGUUUUAAAGUUUCCAUACAUUCUUUGAAGUAGUUAGUUGUUUUUGAUUGAGUUAUAUAGGAGAUUUUAAUUCCCUCUUCCCAUCCACCUUUUGCUAUAUUGGACUUUUUCCCUAAAGGUGUGUGGGCGCAUAUUGGUAAGUUAGGAUCAAAUUCAAUAGGAUAUGAUUUUAGGAGGCUACUGACCAAAGAGAUGUCUGUGUAUGUUUGAAUUUUGAUAACUGAUUAGUGUAUUUGCCCUUAAUUCCUGCUCCCUGGGCCUUACACAGAAAUCCUCUCAAUUGGCUUUCAAGGUACAUAGAUCAAAGUAAGAUUAAGAGGAGAGAAAAGUAGUUAACAUCUUUGAAGCCUCCCUACAUACCGUGCAUCAUUACAAAGCAAUGACAUUAAUUGCUGUAAUAAUCCUGAGAAGAGAAUAUUCUUGUCUCCAUUUUACAAAUGAGGAUAGUGAGACUCAGACAGGUGGUCAUUGCCUUCUGAAGAACACUGUGCAACACUACUACUGUCCCAUGCUCUCUCCAGGAACAAAAAAUUGAUUUAGUGCUUAGAAUGUGCUCACCACUGUGAAGAAGAUAUCUGAAUCCUGCCAUGUAACACUACCCCUUUGGCCUCCACCAAGGCAUACUCUUACAAAGGGGCAGGAUGUGAAAUCUCAGUCCUGUGGGCAUCCUGGACCCCCACUGAUGCACCAUAAGGGCCAAAUUGCCCUUCUUCCCUCUCCCCCAAAGCAAGGUGCUUUUAACCAGGGAUAAAUUUGACUCACAGAGUUCCCAUAGAGAACCUCAUCAACCCAGGGAAAGCUCCAAUCAGCCAGCUACUCUGAGUACACACUCUUUAAUGCCUUCCUGUUUUCCAGUCCAGACUCAAGCCAGCAGCAACUACUGGGGCCCAGGUUCUUAGAUCAUGGGAACUCAUUGUCUGGGGAAAUAGAGAAAGAUACAGGCCUGUCCAUGCAGUUAGCUGACAGUCUUAGAUUAGCCUAGGUUACUUGUCACCUGCAAACUUUGGGCCCAGCACUAAUUUGUAAACUCCUCAAGAGGUAAAACCACCUUAGAAUUUUUGGAUAAAAAAAGAAGGCCUCUUGAUUGAAUUAUAAAAUGAGCCUCUAUCUUUCUUUAGUUUGUGAGCCCUGUACAUGUUGGCUUGUAGAUUUGUUAUUUCUGUCAGAUGAUCAGAGACGAACAUUCCAUUUAUUUGAUAGAUGUGAGUUGGAUUUACUCUGAAGGAGAAGAAUAGUCCCAUAUGCCAUGUACCAAAACUAAAUAUUAACUAGUCUUCUUGAAGUCUAGCUCCAACAUGGGACUUAGUACAUGGUAAGCACUAACACCAUGAUUGAGAAAGAAGUCACUCCUUUGGUGAGAGGUGCCAUUACAGAGUCUCAGUACAGGCCUCCCAGACAUAAUACAAGGUAAAGAAGCCCAGGAUAGGCUAGUUUCCCCACCCUAAAGAUAUAUUCUUCCUUUAAGGUAGUUUUAGAACCAACCUGCAAGAUAUUGAAAGACAGCUUGUAAUGUCAGUAUUGACCUUGAUCCAAAGCAGCCUCUUUCAGAAAUGUCUUAAAGAUACAGAAAUCUUCAGACUUAAGGAAGAGAAAUGGUUGUAUUACAUUGUUGCUUUUAUAAAAUUUCUUAGUUUUUCUAGUUGUGCAUGCUUAAUCCACAAUAGUGUACACAAUUAUAAUAAAUGUUAAAAUGUA